CGGCAGAGAGUCCAGUAGAAGUGAGAGCGAGCACGUAGAGACAUGAACACAAAGCCGAUCUCAGGAAAUGUUGUUUGGGUUUAGGAAACACAUCCCUGCGACGUUUAAGAAAACCGAUUUAUCACAAUGUCGAGGCAUCCUGUAGUCCCGUUCGGGGUGUUUUAUGCAUUACUGUUCGCAGGGGUCAUUGGUUUUGUUCCUUCUCCAACAAACGUCAGUGUUAUUUGUCACAACUUUGUGAAUGUCCUCUACUGGAACUACAGUAACCCAUCCGAACAGCUGAAAUUCAGUGUAAGGGUUGAAGCUUAUGAAAGUGAUUCCCAAACAGUUGACACGACUCAGACGUACCUUGAUAUCAGCAGCUACAGCAGAGAUGUUAGUGAUGAUUACUUGGUGUACGUGACGGCGCAUGAUGGGCAAGAGAAGUCAGAAAGCGUCUCCAUUAGAUUCACCUACAGCAAAGACUUUUUUGAUGAGAAAAAACAUAAAUGCUCUUUGGACUUUCCCGCUGUAAAUACGUCUGUCCACAAAGACGUGAUUGAAGUGUCCUUUCAGCACCCUUUCUUUCUUCAUGAGCUAAACAUUCUGAACGAAGAAUUUAUGUACACAGUCACACAUGAUGAGCAAAAGUUUUCAUACUUGUGUUUUGAGGAGGAGGAGCUGUGCACUGGAGAAAUCCACCUGAACCAAAGCACAGCUGGACAGUGUGUUGAGCUGAAGUUUGAAGGGAAGAUUGCUGGUAUUCCUUCAUAUACCUACAGAAAUGUUUGUGUCCCUCAGCAGAUGCCCGAGACCGACAAAACGGGAUUAAUCGCAGCUGUGUUAGGCGGAGGGACCGUCAUGCUCUUCAUUAUCAUUGGCUUUGUGUGGCUGCUCUGCAGGAAGUUGUCCAAAAUCCCAAAAAUUCCUGAAUUUUUGCGGAAUGUUAUACCUGGCCAAGCUCCUACAACCCAACCCGAGCCAACCGCCAUUUCUGCAAUGACACCUCAGGGACACACACCCCUACUGACAGAUGAGACUUCUAGUUAUGGUUCUCCCCCCAUUUCCCCGAAUGAGAGAGACUGCAAAGAAAACACUAUCCUUGAGGAAACAGUAGUGUAUCUACCUGAGGUUUCUGAAGAGGAUGUGAAUUGCGACGACUCUGAAGGCUUCUGCUGGUCGUCUGACUAUGACCGUCCCAAAUUCCUGCAGGAGAUGAGUCCGGGGGACAUUACUGAGGGAUACGGCCCACGGCCACCAGUACUUUAGGGCUGAAAGUGAAAAGAUGGGCAGUUCACACCAAGUCAUUUUUUGGUCAUCAUUUGAUUGUCUGGUGUGCACCGUGACAAAACUGCAUCGCACCCAUUAAAAUCAAAUCUAUCUAUAAUGCAGGCAGUGUGACAUCUGGUACUCACAGUGCACAAUGUUUGAUUGUGGUGAGUGCAAUCUGUUUUUUUGUGAUGUGCGACAGUUUAGAUGCAUUGACCGUGUUAACUACAGCCAUGGUGAGUUUCCCACUAACCUGCAUUAAGAUAAAUGAAUGUGUAAAUAAAAUCAUUUUGCUAAUGGGAAAAACAAAACAAAAAACAGGUGAAACAGGACAUUGUAAAGGGAAAAAAUGAAAAAUGGUUAAUGUCCUGCCAUAAAUGUACCAGUAGCAAUAUGUGAUUUUUGUCAAAAUAAUAAAUUCAGCAUAGCUGGAUGAAGUAGUUCCUCCUAUCUAAAUUUACCAACAUUUUCUACAACUCAAUGCAAUGCGUAAUUCAAAAUUUUGGUACACCUGAAAAAAACGGACAAUGAGAUAAGUGAAUUGCAAAUAUGACGCUCCAUUAAUCAACCAAAAGUUGUAAAAAUGAUAAUUUUAACUGAAACACAGUCUGAAGCAGGCAUCCAUGAACCAAUGAGAAUUUCAGAGAGGUGGGUCCAGAAAUUGCUGCAUUUUCAACAGCAAAACACAUCUUCCACACUCCUGAUGCUUUGGCAAGGCCUCUCUAGUGUGUGAGGAACUAACACUGCAUGUGUACGUGCAUAUGAGCCAUGACUUUUCUGUUUUUCAUAAGGGGAUAUUGCAGGUUGUUACUAUUAUUCUUGAUUUUGUCAUGAAACGCGUGUCAUAGUGUACAUUUACAUCAGAGGCGAAUGACGUGCUGGAUUCAGUGCUGCUGGAGCUUUCACAUUGGAGAACUUUGCCAAGCUGAAUAUAUCACUUGAUUAUGUCACUAUAUGCACAUUUCUAGGCAGUGGUUUAUUCUGUAACAUUUGUGAAGUGUUUGCUGUGAUAACACCAUAUUCAGAUGUCUACUAAAAGCCACAGUUAAUAUCUGCCAGACGCUUCUCUGUAAUUGUUCAAUUCUCUGGCUGAAAAUGUUACACAUUGUAGGUUGAAUAAACAGAACUGCAUUACUCUGAA